AUAAAAGUUGCAUAUGAAUUCUGAAUAACACAAACAAUUGUAAGAAUGGAAAUUAAAAUACGUAAAGUUGAAUCCAAUUUUGCUAAUCUUCAUGGGUUUGGUAUUGAUUGCAUUUGGAAUUGUCUCACAAACAGUUGACAUAAAUUAUGAAUAUAUAUCUACUAGAUAUGAUGAAAUUUGUGCUGAAAAGAAUCAAUGUUCUAUUGCCAUUGAUGUACCAUCCAAGAUGAAAUCUCCUGUAUUUUUUUCAUACGAGGUUUCCUCCUUUUUCUAAAACACAGACAAAUACUUUAAUAGCAUCCCUUAUGAUUAAUUAUAUGGAGAUUCCGAUUUUGAUACCUCAAUUUGUGAUCAAUAUAAGACCAAUUUGGAAAUGGGGUAGACUUUAAGUGUAACAGGAAAAUCCUUAUCUUAAGAUGACGUAGCUAUUCCAUGUGGUAUUGCUGCUUAUUCUUAUAUGAAUGAUGAAUUUUUUUUGAUUAAAGAUGGCAAUCAAAUUUCAAUCAGCGAUAAAGGUAUAUCAUGGGAAUCAGAUCGAGAGAAGUUUACAAAUAUAAACUUAGACAAGCAAUGGAUUGAUAUGGAAUCAGAAAGAUUUAUCAAUUGGAUGAGGCCAUCUCCAUUAAGCAGGUUCCGUAAAUUAUGGGGUAGAAUAGAUUAAGACUUAGAAGCUGGUACAUACACAGUUAGUAUUAAGAUUAGUAAGUCUUAAAUUGAUUAAUCAAUAGAAACUAAUGACGCUUUUUCUGAAACAAAAAAAUAUGUUCUUUUACACAACAAUGGAUAAUUUUCAGAUCCAAUUUUGGUGAUAACGUUACCUUGUCUCUGCGUGGGACCAUUUUUAAUAAUUUUUGGCCUAAUAAAUUUAAUUUAUUGGGGGAAGAAAUAAAAUUUGAUUAAAAAAUACAGAAUUUAUUGA